GACCAGCUGAAGCAGUGCUUCUCCAGACAGCCCGCCGGAGCCAAGGACACAGACACGCUCGUGCAGGAGCCCGACAGCCAGUACGGCACCUGGACCGAGCAGCGGCACAGCGGGGACAGCUUUGUGCCUGAGUCUCCGUCCUCAGAAAAUGACGGCAUUUCGAGGAGAAAGCAGCCUCCAAAUAGCCACCCGUCCUCCCUGUCCUCUCAGACGGAACCUGCCUCCCUGGUUGAUCACCAUGACUUCUCCAAAGACCAAAGGAGCACAAGUUUGGACCGUUCCAGCACUGACAUGGACUCCACUGACGGGACCGAUUUACCUCCUCCGGGAGACACCUACCCUGAUGAACAGACCACUGAUUUCUCUUUCAUUGAUCAAACCACCAUUCUGGACUCCAGUGCGCUGAAAACCCGCGUGCAGCUCAGCAAAAAGAGGCGCCGGCGGGCUCCUAUUUCCCACUCGCUUAGAAGAAGCAGAGGGCUGGAGUUUGAAAGCAGAUUUUCUUUGACGGAAGAACCAGAUAAUACCUGGAUGUUCAAAGAUUCCACAGAAGAGAAGAAAACUAUGCAACAGGAAGAUUCUGAUGAGGAAGACAAGAUCCAGCAUAUUGCGAGAUCAUCUUCUGUACACGCUCAGAGACUUCCCGUAUUUCCCGGAAUGGACCACGCUGUUCUCAAGGCCCAACUGAGGAAAAGACAGGAGUCUGAGAGUCCUGGUGAAGUAAGUUCUGCUCAGCUGUUCAAAUCCCCUAAACCACCACUGCAGCUUGGAGCUCCAGGGAGCAGACUGCUGCCCUCCAGUGUAGAGAAGGAGGACAGGUCAGAGGAAAAGUCUCCUCAGUGGCUGAAGGAGCUGAAAUCCAAGAAGAGACAGAGCCAUUAUGAGGAUCAGGUUUGA